AUGAGUGCUUUGGAAUAUGAAAAUCUUGAACAAAAGUAUAUAGAAACCAAAACAAAACUGAAAAAAACCUUGAAGUACAAUGAGAGACACACUAUACAAAUUGAAAAGCUCACCAAAAAAUGUAAACGUCUAGAACAGGAAAAUAAGCAUUUAGAGAACCAAAUAGACAAUCUCCAAACUAAGGAUGCCAGUGAAUCUGAUACUUCUAGUCAAACCAACUUUCAUCAAGACCGUUCUCAUAUGAUAGAGCUGGUACACUCAAAAAAUCAGCAAAUAUCAGAUCUUUUGAAGGAUAUUGAAGAUUCUGAAAAUGAAAAUGUCAUUCUACGUGAGAAGUUAUCCGAAGCUAAGGACCAACUGGCUACAGCUACCAUUGAAAUAACUACUAUGACAGAAACUUUAAAGAAUUACGAAAUUGUUGCAAAAGAAAGAGACGAAACAAUAAAUACAACUUCAUUGAAAAUAAACCAGUUACAGUUAGACUUAAAUGCAAGUGAAGGAGAAAAAAAUACUAUAGAGAAACAAUUAAAACUAUUCAUUAUCGAGUCAAAACAAAAGGAAGAAGAAUGGAAAAGUGUGCUAAUUGAGAAAGAUGAACAAAUUCAGCGUUUGAAAGCAUCAAUUCCAGCAGUAAAAGGAUCACCAAGUGCAAAAGAUGAGGAUCAAUCGUCAAAAGAACUCCAUAUGCGAGAAGUGGAGAAAUUGAAAGCAGCUCUAUCAAAAACCGAAGUUUAUUUAGAAGAGUUAAAGUCCGAAAUGAAAAAUUGCACCGUGGAUUUAAGAGAGAGCGCAAGGGUCAUAAAUAAAUUAAAAUCAGAAAAACAUGUCCUGGAAAUAAAACUGAAGGAAAUGAUAGAUUGCGAAAAGGAUAUGAAGGAGCAACUUAAGAAGGCACAAAACCGUUCCAAAACUUUGCAGACGGAAGUGGAGUAUGCGAAUAAAAUGACCAAGAUUUUUGAAAAUGAUCUUACCACAAUAAAAAAUCACAUUAAAGAAAAUGAUGGUGGUCAGAUUGAAGCAUUGGUGAACUUAGAACAAAUUCAAACAUUAAAAAUCGAAAAAUUCCUUCAUGAAAAACAAAUCGUAGGCCUAGUAAAAGAUAUUAACAAAUUGCAAGAAAUGUGUAAUAUUUUUGAAAUUGAGAAUGCAUCUUUAAGAAAACAACUAGGGCUUACAGCCGAAGAUACUGUUGAAACCGAUAAAAGUUCGUUUAGCGAAUCGAAAAGGCAGAAAAAAUUGAUAGAGAAAUUACAAAUUGAAAAUAAGAGUGCCCAAGAAGAUAAAGUAAUGCUGAAAUUAGAAAACAAAAGACUUAAACAAAGGAUUGCUAAUUUGUUGAAUAGUUCUUCGGAAAACCUUGAAAAAAAUAUGUCAAAAGGUGAAACAGGCAAUCAAUCAGCCGAUAUUAAAGCUCUUGCGGAAGAAAAUGAAGCCUUAAGAAAGGGCCUGCAUGAAAUUUUGGUUAAAAAUGAAACGUGUCCCAGAGAGCUGAAAUCAGACAUAUUAGAAAGAUUACUCAAAGCUUUAGAUGUCAAACAUAUUCCAGCCUGGAACCAUCCUGCCAUGCGGCUACAGGCCGAGCUUAAUACUUUAGAAGGAGUUAAUAGUGAACUUCGGGAACAAUUACAUGGAGCUAGAGCAGAGUUGGAUAAAUUCAAAUUAGCAUCAAUUUCAUUGAAAGAAAAUCAAGUCGAGCAAGCAGACACCAGAAAAGAAGUAGUUGAUGUUUUAUCAAAUAAUUUAAAUAAUGAAACUUCAAAUCUCGAGCAAGUAAAAAUUCAUAUAAUGAAGAUUAUUACGUAUUUUAGCGAAAAAGAAUCAGAUGCUGAAACCAAGCUAGAAGAGGAAUUUGGAAUUUUAAAGCAACAUAUUAAUUUGUUACAUUCAAAUUGUGAUAAGGAAAAAAAUGACUUGAUAAAAAAGCUAGAUGAGUUUGAAAAAAACGCUUUAGAAGCUCAAGGAUACCCUGAAACAGAUUUAAAUAAUAAAAGUCCUGAAGAAUUAAGACAAGUUAUUAAUACUUCAAGAACCAAAGAGAAAUAUUUAUUCAAACAAAUGAACAACCUACAACAAGAACUUUUAACCCUGAAAUCCAAUCAUUCAUCAUUGAACAAAACCGGUUUAAUGGAAACAGAAAUGCUUUUGAAAACGAAUCAGUUUCUACGCUCAAAAAUCAACCUGAGAGAAAAACAAAUUGCGAACUUAAUUAGUCCAGAAGCCUAUAAAGAAGUUCAGAAUACUUUGAAUGAGAACAUAAAGAAAUAUAGAACUGUUAUGAUGGAAGUGGAACGGCAAAAAGGAGAACAUGACUAUGAGAUUGAGGUUUUAAAAAGAAAAGAAAUGGAUUUGAAUAUGGAAAAUACUGAACUAAAAGAUAAGCUGAACAAAUCAUUAACCAAACUAAGCCAGGAAGUUUACAAGCACGACAAAAAUGUUCUCUCUUUAUCGGAGAAACUAGCAAGCACUGAGAUACAAGCAAUCUCUGAAAAGCACCGAGCAGACCACACAAAUAAUUUAUACGAGCUGGUAAAAGAACAAUUGAAAAAAUCCGAGGAAAAGUUUCUGGAAUUUUCCAAAUACAGCGAAGGGCUGCUGCAAAAGAAUUUGGUGCUUCAAGAGCAAAUUGCAGCUUUAGAAGAUCAAGUUUCGAUUUUUAUUGAUCCGACAAUUUAUAAGGAACUGGAGACCAGUUUAAAUUCUUUGCUGCAAGAAACUGAAACGAUUAGAGCGGAAAAUAAUGAAAUAGAAAAAAAAUAUCAAGAGCAAUGCGAUUGUAUUCAACAAACUUCUAACUGGAACAAAGAAAAAGAACAAGAACUCUUAGGCCUCAAACAUAAAAUAGUCGACCUCUCUAUUACGUCUGACGAUAAAGUCGUCAUCGAACAGCUUCAUAACGAUCUCUCAAAAUCGCGCUCGGAACUUCGAGAUCAACAUUUACAAGUAGACUUUUUACGAAAAGAAGUUGCUAUCUGGGAAACGCGCUGGACCAAAUUAUGUUCUGAGUUUGACAGUCAAAGAAAUUACUUUGAAAUUAAAUGGAAAGUAAGAGAAAAGAAAAUUGAGAUUCUUCAAGACAUUAUUCUAAAACAUAGAGUUCAGUACCAUGGUUGUGUUCCUUUAGCGAUUCAAGAGUUGUUUGUUGAAAAAUUGAAUAGCCUCAAUAAAGAAAAACAUGAUCUAUUUAUUGCAUCACAAAAUACUGGAAAAACUGAUGAGAACGAAGAAGGAAAGCAUCAAAUUAAUUACCUUCAACAAAAAAUAUUAAAUCAGGAUAUGUCCAUGGCGAAGCUUGAAAAGGAACUGUUUUCAGCCUACAAUCUAAUGGAUUUCGAUAACACAAGAAAGGAAACCACUAUUAUUAGACGAAAAGCCCCUACCUUAGUUAAACAGCUCGUAUCACAGGAGUCAUUAGACCCCAUUAAAGAAGAAGUCUGCGAUACAAAAAGAAAAUCAAAAAUUGUGAUUUUGAGAAACGUGGAAAGCCAAACGGAAGAUUGGCAAGAGGAUAAAGGGGAAAACCAAUUGGCAAUAACGACGGCUCAGAUUCAAAAUUUACAAAGUCAAUUAGCCGUUAAGGGUGCUCAUAUUAAGGAAAAGGAGCAAUUAUUAGCAGAAACUCAAGAGGAACUAAAAGCAAUUAAAGAACAAAUAAAAGAUAAAAACGUCAAAAUCAUUUCACUGGAAAAUAAUUUGAUAGAUUAUAAAGAUCGUGUAUCACAAAUUGAUGGGGCACGAGAUGCUGGAGUUGGGUCAACAAUUAAUUAUUUGGAAGAGCAAAAUGCAGCUCUUAGGAUGUCUUUAAAAUACACUCAAGAUAAAAUGAAACAAAAAGACUUUGAAAUUAUCAAGUAUCAAACAGUAAUAAAAGACGAUAGAGACAAGCAUAGCUUGGCAGCUGCAAAUCUUCAAAAAGAGUUGACCGUUUCGAAGAAAGCUCUAGCUGUAGAACACCAACAUGUUAAAAGUUUGCAGGAGAAAGAACUACUUUUCCAAAAAAAAUCAGCCGCUGUAGAACAAUACAUGUCCCAAGUACGUGGUUUAGAAAAACAUUUGGCGGAACUGCAUACCCAAGUAGCUCAGUUACAAAUCCAGCUACAAAAUUCUAACCAAGAAGCGACUAGAUGGCGUCAGAUGGCUCAGGAUCGGUUGGUUGCAAUGCAGGAGCUAGGAAAAAGUUUAAACGAACAACACAACAAAGAACUUGAUAAUUUCAAAACUGAUUACGAAAGAUUGAAAACAUUCUCCAAAGAAUCCACUGUUACUCCCAAAACUGGUCUAGGUCCUAAUGAUCCUGGCUAUAUUGCUCCGGAAAUAUUAAAAUUGUGCAGAGAGAAAGAUCAGAAAAUUGAAGAACUGACGGCAAAGCUAGAAAAACGAGAAGGUGAGAAGACUGAUAAGAAGUCUCUUAAUUUAAAUUCUGAUAAACACAUGAACAAAGAAAUUGAUACUUUACGAAGUAAAUAUAAAGAAAUGGUGGAUAGAGAAAAAGUUUUGAAGGACGACUUGAAAGUAUUGACAGAAAAAUUAUCUAAACAGUCAAAUUCAUCAGUAAGAAGCCAAAAAUCUGAAAGAACAGUUAAAGAGCAGUUGCAAAAAAAAAUAAAAUCAUUAGAAGAUAAAAUCAAAGAUUUGAAUGAACAAUUAGCGCACGAACAGAUUUUAAACGAAAAUCACCGAUUGAGUGCUUCUGAGGAUUAUGAAAAAUGGAAAAAACAAAAAUACUGGCAAGAAAAUUGUGAAAAAUAUAAAAAUAAAUUUCAAGCGUCUGAGGAGGAACUCCUGAAAAUGCGUGAGGCUUGCAAAGGCUAUAGACUGAUUAUCGAUCGUCUUGAAAAGGAAAAACUUCAUCUCGAAAAUCGCAACAAAUCGUUAAAAUCAGAUCAAAGAAAUUUGAUAUCAGAUCAGGAAAACGCUCUACUGAAAGAGGAAAACGACCAACUUAUUAGUAAAUUGGAAGCGUUGCAAGCUAAAAUAGAUAUGUUGCAACAUGGUUCUGGAGCAUUGGGUGCUGCAUUGAUGCAGGAAAAAUUAGAAGGGCAGGAAAGGAAAAUUGCGGUAUUGGAACUCAGUGCUAAGGGCACUAUCGAAGUGAGAAAUGAAUUGGAGCGUCUACAAGCAAGCUUGACAAAUCUGCAAAAAAAGAAUCUUUGUUUGGAAGCUGAAAAUUUAGAACUACAAAUGGAUUUGGAGAAAUAUAGCAACGAAGCGCCUCAUUUGCAAGAACAAAUUCAACAUUUAGAAAAUUACAUCGAACUACUCAAAAAUGAAAAUCAAAGUAGUCAAGCCUCGAACGUCAUCGAAGCUCCAAGUUCAACUGAUCUCAGCGAAGACAAAAAAGUUCCCCAAUUGGAACGCACAGUUUUUAUAUUGAAACGAGUUGUGGAAAAAUUGCAAGCAGAAAAUAAACGGCUUGUUACUGUGAAAAGGCCGCUGUCAGAUCGAUCGCAUUCAGCGGAUAAGAUUCGCCGUGACCAUUUACGACUGAAAGAUCAGCAUGUGGCAAGUUUACAAAAAAUUAAAGAACUCGAAUCACAACUGCAAUCUGUCAGAAAGCAAAAAAGCUUACCUGGUGAUGAAAUGAAUGAGCACCUUCGCAAGGAACUAACUGAAGUAAAAGAACACCUUGCUCAGAAAACUGUACUGUUGGAGAAAGUAAAGUCUUUGCUUCAUGCUGCGGCUGCGAGAGAGAAACAACUUUUGCAAGACAUACAUGAACUAAAAUGUCCAGGAGAUAUGGAGAGGGAUAUAUCAGUUGAUAUUCCUAGCACUAUAGAAGAAGUAUCUGAAGUAAGCAGUGAUGUUUGAUUAUAUCAAUUAAUGUUUUUGUACAAUUUUUAUGGAUUUAUAAUGAUUAUACUUUUAUAAUUC